AAUACAGUGUUAUUCUUUUGCCGAAUGCAUUCUGUGUUAAGAAACUAGAUUAAAAAGCAUUCGCAGUUGUGGCACCAACAGCUGAGAAGGAACGAUGAGUGACGCUGUUGUAGAUCCAGUGGAACAAAUGCUGCUGAAAACCGGCUGCAUCAAUCUUCACUACAAAGUUCAGGAGUGCAUAGCGGAAACCGGCGAUUGGCGCAAGUGCCAGGACGUGGUCAAGGAGUUCAAAACCUGCAUGCAAGACUACACCGAACAGCAGCGGCGAAAGUACGAAAAAUGAAUAUCCUAAGGACGGUUGCAUCUUCCGUCGUAGGGCCAAUGAAAAUGGUUCUAGUCGUGCGUUCGGAUUUAGGUUUA